GUGUUGGGAGUUUCGCGUCAGCUAGACGUGUAAAGAAAUAAUUAAAAAAAUAAACUAAAUUUAAACUUUAUAAGUGAUUUGAAGUGACAAAGUUGUGAUUUUUGAUACAAUUUCAGUGAGUUAAUUAAAUAUGACAACUAUGGACCCGGCGGUAGCACAGGAAGUCGCGGCGAUGUCGCGACACCGCGCGAUAGACGAUGCGAUAUCGCGCGGCGAUUCCGCGGUACAGGAGUUUUAUAAGGACGCCGUGGUCUUCGUCACGGGGGGAUCAGGGUUCCUGGGGAAGCAUUUGGUGGAGAAACUGUUCAGGUCGUGCGACAUCAAACGUGUGUAUCUCCUGCUGCGAGAGAAGAAGGGCCAGACUUCACAGGAACGGGUCACAAAGAUCUUCCAGGAUCCAGUCUACGAUGGUCUACACAAACGCAAGCCUGGCUUCGUAGACCGAGUGACAGUGGUCAAUGGAGACAUCACACAGCUUCGACUGGGUAUAAGCGACCAAGACUGGUACACAUUGAGCAAUGAGGUAAACAUAAUUUUCCACGUGGCCGCAACGGUGACCUUCGAUGAACCUCUACGUUUAGCGACAAGGACCAAUGUCAGAGGGACCAUGCAAGCCUUACUGCUCGGAAAAGACUGCAAAUAUAUCAAAUCAUUCGUCCACGUGUCAACAGCGUAUGCUCACGCAACCCGCAGCCGCAUCGGUCGCGUUGUGCGAGAGGAGUUCUACGACAGUCCUGGCGACCCUCGCACUAUGGUGGACCUAGUAGAACAGCUCAGUGAAGAAAAACUGGCCGCUAUCAAGCCCAAGUUGAUCGAGGACUGGCCUAAUACAUAUGCUUACACAAAAGCAUUAGCGGAAGAAGCAGUCAGGACUAUGUCAGGGGACCUUCCUAUAUGCAUCGUCAGACCAGCUAUAGUCAUAGCAUCGAACCUGGAACCCAGUCCUGGUUGGGUCGACAUCAGCAGUGUCUACGGACCUAGUGGGCUCUUCCUCGGCUGCGGUCUCGGCGUCAUACACACUAUAAUGGCAAACGACGACACACACAUCGAUCUGAUUCCAGUUGACUACGUUAAUAAUGCUACAAUUGCUGCCGCCUGGGCCACCGGGGUCCGCCGUAAGAACGGGCACCAAGAUAUUAAGAUUUAUACCGUGUCACCGGCCAGAAACCCGAAGAAAUGGCGAGACAUCUUCGAAAUAUCCUACUCUAAAGCGGUGUACUGCGGCACGCCGAAAGCAAUCUGGUACAACUUCGAUAUCCACACGAGGAUCAGAUGGGUGUUCAUACUUUUGACCUGGCUACUGCAUUAUAUACCUGGAUAUUUGGCUGAUGGUGCGCUUAUGUUACUGGGGAAGAAGCCAAAAGCAAUGAAGAUCUACAGAACGACGUACAACCUGUCUUCGGUGCUCGCUUACUUCACAUGCCACGAAUUCUUCUUUAAGGACGACAAUUUGGUGCAGUUACAGGAUAGUUUAUCCAAAACGGAUAAAGAAAUUUACAACUUUGACGUGGAAAAGAUGAACUGGACGGAACAGCUGGUGAUGUGGGCCAUCGGGCUAAGGAAAUACAUCAUCAAAGAUGGCCUCCGAGACACUAACUAUGCUGUGAAGAAACAAAAGGUCCUGAGGGUGCUAAAUUAUCUAGUCGGCGCACUUUAUUUAUACGCUAUUUAUAAGCUAUGUAGUUACGUUUUCCGGUUUGUAUGGAUGUUAGCUAAUUUUUAAUAUUGUAUUUAGUUUGUACAUUUUUUUAAUAAUUAUUAAAAUUUAUAGUUUCUAA